AUGUCGUCAAUAGAUAGUAGUUCAGGGAAGGAGUCGCCACAAGUGCACUCAGCUUCAACGAAUACGCUGAGUGGGACUACUUCUUCGCCAUCGGAACAUUUACCACCGCAUAGGACGUCCACAGAUACUGCAUACUUGCCCUCUGGUGAGUACUUGCUGAAUAAGAACAAGCCAAAGACUUUUUUGAAUCAAACAGAUAUAGAGAAAGUUACCGAUUCAGAGAUAUACCCACAGAAAAGAUUGUUUUCCUUUCUACAUUCCAAAAGGAUCAAAGAUGUACCGCAGGAUGAUAGUGAGAGGAAAGUGUACCCUCUGUUGCAUAGUAACCCGCUGUCAAGUCUGUUUAUAUGGUGGGUGUUCCCCAUCGUUAGAGUAGGUUACAAGAGAACCAUCCAACCGAAUGAUCUUUUCAAAAUGGAUGAGAAAUUGUCCAUUGAAACUUUACACAAGAGGUUUGACGAUAAUUUAGAGUACUAUUUUGCCAAGGCAGGUAAAAAAGACGGUAGACACGAUGAGGAGAUUAAAUUACCCAAAAUAACACUGGCGAAAGUCCUGUUUUUCACAUUUAAAGAGCACUUUCUACUGGCGUGUCUGUUCGCCGUACUCGCUAACUGUGCCUCCGGGUUCAAUCCAAUGAUAACAAAAAGAUUGAUCGAGUUCGUCGAAAGGAAGGCGUACAUCCAUGACUUGAAAGUUAACAGUGGGAUCGGUUACGCUAUCGGAGCAUGUGUAAUGAUGUUGGUGAACGGUCUCUUCUUCAACCACUUCUUCCAUUUCUCUCAAAUGACAGGAUGUAUGGUCAAAGCAGUGCUCACAAAGGCGGCUCUCACAAAGAUGCUCAAGGCUUCAAACUACACAAGACAUAAGUUCCCCAAUGGGAAGGUCACCUCGUUUGUCACCACGGACGCGGCAAGAAUAGAGUUCGCCAUAUCAUUCCAACCUUUCCUCGUAGGGUUUCCAGCAGUCAUGGCCAUCUGCAUCGUCCUGUUGAUCGUCAACGUCGGUGUCAUUGCCCUUGUAGGGCUAGGUAUCUUCUUCCUAGGCUUCUUCGCCACUUUAUCCGUGUUCAAGAUCAUCAUGACAAUCAGAAUGAAGGCAAACAAAUUCACAGACGCAAGAGUCACACUGAUGAGAGAGAUCCUCAACAACAUGAAAAUGGUUAAAUACUACGCAUGGGAGGACGCGUACAACAAAAACGUGGUCGACGUAAGGUCCCAAGAGAUCGUGAAAGUGCGCCAGAUGCAAUACAUUAGAAACUUCAUUAUUGCUAUGGGGAUGUCCAUCCCCAAUAUCGCCUCCUUGGCCACAUUCCUGUGCAUGUACAAAGUUAACAAGGGUGGAAGAAACCCGGGGAACAUUUUCGCUUCUUUGUCCCUGUUUCAAGUUUUGUCUCUGCAGAUGUUUUUUUUCCCGAUUGCCAUCGGUACAGGUGUAGAUAUGCUCGUAGGGUUGGGACGUAUGCAGGCCCUGUUUGAGUCAUCCGAGGAAUAUUCAAGCGAUUUCACCCCUGCGGAGGGAAGCGAUCCAAAUAUGGCUUUGAAGAUCGAACACGGUUGUUUCGAAUGGGAAGAUUUCGAAUCCAUAGACGAAAGGGCAAAGAAGGACGCGGAAACAGAGGAGAAGAAGGGGUUUUUUGCCAAAAAAUCAAAGAAAGUGAUUAACCCAAAGGCCAAUAUCGACGACGAAAAAUCAUUGGUAUCGAGCGGGUCCUCCGGUGAUAAAAAUAAAUCUUUUACGUCCUUCACGGAUUUGAACUUGGAAAUUUUCAAGGGCGAGUUUAUCAUCGUGACAGGUCCUAUCGGUACAGGUAAAACUUCCCUUCUGAACGCAAUGGCAGGGUUUAUGAAACAAACUUCGGGCCGAGUCGAAGUCAACGGUGAAUUAUUACUCUGUGGUUACCCAUGGAUCUUGAACGCCACCGUGAGGGAUAACAUCCUCUUUGGAUCCCCAUACGAAGAAGCCAGAUACAACGAAAUCGUCGAAGUGUGUUCCCUAGACGCAGAUUUGAAGAUCCUCCCUGCUGGUGACAGAACUGAAAUUGGUGAGCGUGGUAUCACUCUUUCCGGUGGUCAAAAGGCGCGUAUUAAUUUGGCUAGAGCAGUCUACAAGAACAAAGACAUUUUUUUGUUCGAUGACGUCUUGAGUGCAGUCGACUCCCGUGUAGGGAAACAUAUUAUGGACGACUGUCUACUCGGUAUCUUGAAGGGAAAAACAAGGAUAUUGGCCACACAUCAGUUAUCCGUGAUUGAAAGGGCAGAUAGAAUUAUUGUUGUGGGGCCUAACGGCUCAUUUGAUUUUGGAACUUUGGAUGAAUUGAAGGGGAGGAAUCAAACUUUGGUCUCGUUACUCCAGUACUCCAGUCAAACGAAAGAUAUUGCAGAAGACAAAGAGCUGGAAUUGGAGGAACGAGAGAAGGAUGCUUUGAAAAACGAAAAGGACCCAAACACCCUUUUGAAACAAAAUACUUUAGAAGCGGAGCCAGAUGGGGCCUUAAUUUCCAAGGAGGAGAGGGCAGUUAAUAGUAUCAAGCUCAAAAUUUACACAACGUACCUCAAUGCCGCUGUCGGGAAAUGGGGGGUCGUUGUAAUUCCAAUGUACAUCAUUUUCAUCAUGGGUACCACAUUCUGCAACCUGUUCUCAUCAGUUUGGCUAUCGUACUGGACGGAAGACAAGUGGAAAGAUAGGUCGACCAGUUUUUAUAUGGGGAUGUACUCCUUCUUUGUUUUUGGCGCCUAUCUGUUCAUGAACUUGCAAUUCACACUGCUUUGUACGCUGGGUCUCCGUGCUUCGAAAUGGUUGAACUUAAAAGCAGUCGAAAGGAUUCUGCACACGCCAAUGUCAUACUUGGAUACCACUCCUCUUGGUCGGAUUUUGAACAGAUUCACAAAGGAUACAGACAGUUUAGACAACGAGUUGACGGAAAGUAUCCGUCUGAUGUUAUCCCAAGUCGGGAACCUCAUUGGGGUGAUCGUUAUGUGUAUCGUUUAUCUGCCAUGGUUCGCAAUUGCGGUUCCCUUUCUGCUUAUCAUUUUUGUGCUGAUUUGUGAUCACUACCAAUCGACCGGUAGAGAGAUUAAAAGAUUAGAAGCUGUUCAACGUUCCUUCGUUUAUAAUAACUUCAACGAGGUUUUAGGAGGUAUGGAUACUAUCAAGGCAUACGGAUCACAGGAGAGGUUUCUCGCGAAGACAGAUUACUUGAUCAACAAGAUGAAUGAGGCUGGUUAUUUGAUUGUCGCCGUGCAAAGGUGGGUGGCCAUCUUGUUGGAUAGUGUUGCCGUUGUCUUUGCUCUGAUUAUCACUUUGUUGUGUGUAACUAGAGCGUUCCCCAUUUCUGCAGGUUCUGUUGGUGUAUUGUUGACGUACGUCUUGCAAUUGCCAGGUCUUUUGAAUACAAUUCUUAGAGCAUUAACUCAAACUGAAAACGAUAUGAACAGUGCCGAGAGAUUGGUUACUUACGCCACAGAACUACCUUUGGAAGCUGCUUACAGAAAACCUGAGGUAUCUCCACCAGAAUCGUGGCCGGAAAAGGGAGAUAUCGACUUUAUCGAUGUUAAUUUUGCCUACAGACCAGGUCUGCCAGUUGUGCUGAAGAAUAUGAACCUGAAAAUUAAUAAUGGUGAGAAGAUUGGUAUUUGCGGUCGUACAGGUGCUGGUAAGUCUACGAUCAUGAGUGCUCUGUACAGGCUGAACGAGUUAUCUGAUGGUAAAAUUGUCAUUGAUGGAGUUGAUAUACGCAAAAUUGGUUUGUAUGAUCUGCGUAAGAAGUUGACAAUUAUUCCACAAGAUCCAGUAUUGUUUAGAGGUACGAUUAGGAAGAAUUUGGAUCCAUUCAAGGAAUGUUCUGAUGAUUUAUUAUGGGAUGCUUUAAUUAGAACUGGUGUCGUCGAGAGGGAGAACUUGAAUGAUAUAAAGUUGGAGAAGCCAGACGAAAAUAACUCGUAUUCGAACAUGCAUAAGUUCCAUCUCGACGAACUGGUUGAGGAGGAAGGUUCCAACUUUUCUCUGGGUGAAAGACAGAUGUUGGCUUUGACUAGAGCUUUGGUGAGGAACUCUAAAAUUUUGAUCUUAGACGAGGCGACGUCUUCAGUGGAUUAUGAAACUGAUGGGAAGAUCCAGAGCCGUAUUGUUUCAGAGUUUGGAGACUGUACCAUUUUGUGUAUUGCGCAUAGACUGAAAACCAUUUUGUCCUACGAUAAAAUUCUUGUACUGGAAAAGGGUGUGAUUGCCGAAUAUGAAAAACCAUGGGAAUUAUUCAAUGACAAAAACAGUAUCUUCAGAAGCAUGUGUUUGAGGUCAGGCAUUUCGGAUGAAGACUUUAAGCGUAGAUGA